CUCAACUCUGGCGAAACAUCACGAGUGGCCGCUCCUUUAAGCUUCUGCAAGCUUCUGCACGCACUACUCAGGUGGCUUCUGGCAAUUCUUUUAAUAGUGCGGGAGACGCUGCUGCUAUUGGCAAGCCCCUGGCAAGCCCUGGCCGACAUAUCUACCGCCUACACCUUCCGACUUGGUACUUCUCCAGAAGCCAAUUGUCUCUGCCAGCUCCGUGACAAAGCCUCCAAGCAUGAUACAGAACCUGUUCAAGACCGACGACGACGACAACGACGGCAUGCUGCACCAGCCUCUCACCAUCCACAGGCCGCCAAUUCAUCCGCCAGCAUGGCCCUCUUCCAGCAGCUCGCCUGCCCGCUCCUCCUCUGCCAAAACACCCGUCACCAGGCCCAACUCAUCAGUAAUCAAGCUCCAGUUCAUCAACACAGCUCACCCCAGUGAAUCAACCUCAGCCAAGCGCAUCAGCCAGAUCCGGUCACACGUAGCCAAGGACUCCCAUGCCCGCCGCCGCCAGCGUAAGGCGUGCAAGGCGGCCAAGGCCUGCUGUUCGUCAUCUGCGACUGCGGCCGUGGCUGCGGAAUCUCCCGUCCGGACCGAGAGUCCCGACUCCACCCCCGAAAAUGCCGUCGCACUGCCAGUUCGAGCCCGGCACCCUCUGUCUGCGUUUCUUGAUGAAAGUGAGGGGCUGAGAUUCCGGGGGUUUCGGAGAAUUGCGCCAAAGACGGGAGCCCUGGACCAGAGUGUGGAGGUGCCAACGCCAAGGCAGAUGAUUGGCGAUGUGAGGAGGGACGGGUGGAACGGGUCCUUUGCCUGGGAAUUGACAGAUGACGAAUACACAACGUUUAAUUUCUACCUGGAUUGGGUUCUCAAGUAUGGCUAUGAAAUCUGCUUUCCCCGCGACCAGGUCGCUCCCGUCAUGAAGCGGAUGAAGGCAGCCUAUGUUCCCUUUGCCAUCAGAUAUCCCAGCCUGCUGGCCUGUAUUUUCUAUAUAGCCUAUCACAGACGCGCCCUCACCUCGAAAGACCCUCAAGAGGCAGCUAGGUGCAAUCUCAUGAUGGAGCGCUACCGGCUUGUCUGCAUUGAAAUGAUGAAGGCCGCAAUUGAGGCCGAGGAGCGGCCGAGCUACCAGACCAUCACGUUGGCCAUGCAGUUGUGUUCGGAAGCGUACUUUGAGGGAAACACAGACAUAUCGUUUACCCAUGCCUAUGCAGCGAGGACCAUGGUCACAGCAAGAGGAGGCCUUGAGAGCUUUGAUCACGUAGGUAUCUAUGGCCUCAUCUCCUUCUUGCUGGCCACAUCCGUGUAUAGCGGGAAUUACUUCUUCGUUCCCGGCUGUGCGAGGGCACCCGAGGGCUGAAAAAAAAAGGAGGGAUUGUGCAGAAUGUGAGAAUGGAAUCAAUUAUUAUGUACACGUACGGUUUAUGUAAAUGGGUAAGGUUCUGUGUCAUGCAUGGCGUUUCUUUAUAUACAUUCAUAGGUUGCCUCAUACGGUUUCAUGCCGUUUCGUAUGCUCAUUAUAUACGUGUGCAUGAU